UUCUUUUGUUCCCGCAAAAUUUUUGGCGAUUAGCACAGUAAUCGGCGUAGACAGAGAAGAAAAGACCGCGAAGUUGAGCUUACAAAUACCGGUUGGCGCCAAAAUGAAGUCAUGCUCUUAUAGACAAAACCCGAACCCUUCCCCCUUCAAUCCACACUUCCAUUUCCCACAACUUCAAAUGGUUUGACGAUUUCCCACACUCUGCAACUUUCUUAAUCACCCUUUUCACCAAAAUACCCAAAACCCAUGGAGCCAUACAGCAUUCUGGAAGAGAAAGUCAAGAAGGUUCGAUCUGCGGUCGGCCCCAACUUUCCGGAUUCCUUCAUUCAACGAACGCUUUUGACAAACGGCGGUGACCCAGACGAGGCUAUUAAAUACAUUCUUGAAAACCCUGGGUUUUUGGCCAGGCCUCUGUCUGUUGUACGGACGGUGACUAGCACCGGUGCUCGAGUUUCAUCUCAGUUCAUGCAGGAUGAUUAUAUGGAGUCUGAGGAGGCUGCGAAACCGACUGUACAAGUGAAGGAGGAACCGGGUUUAGGGUUCGAUGAUAAAGACUGCGAAACAGAUGAGUUUCUUAAACAGACAAACGCGAAAGUAAUGAGCGAUGAGGAGUAUAGCAAGAUCCUUAAGGAAAAUCAGGCUGCAGUGGGGGUUAAACCGAGUGCGAAGAUUCAAGUAAAGGAUGAACCAGUUGAGACGAUUAAACAUUCUGGCGCUAACACAAAUGCUAAAGUAAAAGAAGAAUCGGAUUUGGAGUUUAAGAACAGAGUAUUUGCAAAAGAAGCAAGCUCUGGCACUGAAAAUUUUGCAAAGUCGGUUUCAAGCAAGUCAAGAAUGAGUUCGGUUGAUUCAGGUUGCAUGCAGAAGAAUGGGACCUUGUCUAAUGAUGGGAAGUGCAAGAUUGAUGAUAGGGAUUUUCCUAUUGAGCCUGAUUGGUUUUUGGUGGGAAGGACAGUGGUCACUGCCAUGUCCACCACGAAAGGGAAUAAAUUAGCAGAUAAUGAAAUUGUUAAUUUUGUAUUUCCAUCUUCAAGUUCAAGAUUCAAUGCACAAUGGAUUGUUCGCUUCUCAACUAAAAGAAAUGGAGAGAUUGGUCGCCUACCAAUGGAGUGGGCUAAAUGUGUAGUUCCCCUUGUCGACUCCCGGAAAGUUAAAAUUCUUGGACGGUGUAUAGCCGCACCAGGAAACCUUCACAUAAUUCAAGAAAUUCUUCUAUACGUUAGCUUUUAUAUCCAUAGUUCGGUAUUCUCGGACAUUGAUACAGUUACGUGGAAGUUGGAGGCUACACACAUUGACUCUACAAUUUAUCCUCUUCUUACCCUUUUCAAAUUACUAAAAAUCACACCAUACCAGAAGGCUGAAUUUACACCAGAAGAACUUGAUUCAAGGAAGCGUCUGCUGAAGCUUGAAGAUGAUCCAGAUGAAUCGGCAUCAAUGCUACCUAUUGUGAAGCGAAGAAAAGGUUCUCAGCAAUUUGCAGAUCAAAACAAAGAUGACCAAACUCUUAACGAAUCAUCAUUGACUAAGAUUGUUGGUGCCGCAGAUAUGUAUAAUUUGGAUGAAAUGGGGCCUCCACGUACACUAACAUGCGAUCUUAGGCCUUAUCAGAAGCAAGCUCUAUUCUGGAUGUCUGAGUUAGAGAAGGGAAUUGAUGUUGAGAAGGCUACACAAACCCUUCAUCCAUGCUGGUCAGCCUACCGCGUCUGUGAUGAGAGAGCAACCUCAAUCUAUGUAAACAUUUUCUCUGGGGAAUCAACUACAAAAUUCCCAACUGCAACACAGAUGGCCAGAGGAGGAAUUCUCGCUGAUGCAAUGGGGCUUGGAAAGACUGUUAUGACAAUUGCUCUUAUACUUGCAAGGAUGGGUAAAGGAUGCCCUGAUGACCAAAAGCCCGCAGUGAAUAAGAAUGUUACCACAGAGAGAAAAAGUCAGAAAUGCACAACUAAAGCAAGUGGUGGGACACUUAUUGUUUGUCCAAUGGCUUUGCUAGGCCAAUGGAAGGAGGAACUUGAAAUACAUUCAGAGCCUGAAAGCAUUUCCAUAUUUGUUCACUAUGGUGGUGAUAGAACCAACAACCCAAAGGUGCUAUCAGGAUAUGAUGUUGUAUUGACAACGUAUGGUGUCCUAACAUCGGCCUAUAAGAGUGAUGGAGAGUUUAGUAUUUACCACAGAGUUGAUUGGUACAGAGUGGUGCUAGAUGAAGCCCAUACAAUUAAAUCAUCAAAGACACAAACUGCACAGGCUGCCUUUACACUGAACUCAUAUUGCCGAUGGUGUCUUACUGGAACCCCCCUCCAGAAUAACUUGGAAGACCUUUUCAGCCUCUUAUGCUUCUUGCGAGUGGAACCAUGGUGCAAUUGGGCAUGGUGGAACAAGUUGAUUCAAAGGCCUUAUGAAAAUGGUGAUCCUAGAGGCUUGAGAUUGAUCAAGGCUAUCCUGAGGCCACUUAUGUUGAGGAGAACUAAAGAUACAAAGGAUGCAGAAGGAAGGCCUAUUCUUGUUCUCCCUCCUACUGAUAUUCAAACCGUCACAUGUGAACAGUCUGAGGCUGAACGUGAUUUCUAUGAUGCACUUUUUACGAGAUCAAAAGUACAGUUUGACCAGUUUGUUGCACAAGGGAAGGUUCUUCACAACUAUGCAAACAUCCUCGAGCUCUUGCUUCGACUUAGGCAGUGUUGCAACCACCCAUUUCUUGUAAUGAGCCGAGGAGAUUCACAACAGUAUGCCAACUUGAACAAGCUUGCAAGAAAGUUCCUUGAAUCCAACAGUAAUUCUUCAACAAUGGAGCAGGCUGCACCAACCCAAGCAUAUGUCGAAGAGGUAGUUGAGUGCAUUCGGCGAGGCGAAAACACCGAAUGCCCUAUAUGUAUGGAGUUUGCUGAUGAUGCAGUGCUCACCCCGUGUGCUCACAGGAUGUGUAGGGAGUGUCUCCUCUCAAGCUGGAGAACCCCGACAUGUGGGCUCUGCCCAAUUUGUAGGCAAUUGCUAAGGAAAACUGACCUCAUAACAUGUCCAUCCGAUAACCCUUUUCGUGUGGAUGUUGAGAAAAACUGGAAGGAAUCUUCAAAAGUAUCAAAACUUCUGGAAUGCUUGGAACAGAUUAAUCAGUCGGGUUCUGGUGAAAAGAGCAUUGUUUUUAGUCAGUGGACUACAUUUUUUGAUCUCUUAGAGAUUCCGUUGAAGAGGAAAAGAAUUGGAUUCUUCAGAUUUGAUGGGAAACUGUCGCAGAAGCAUAGGGAAAGAGUUCUAAAAGAGUUCAGUGAAAGCAAGGAGAAAAAGGUGAUGCUAAUUUCUCUAAAAGCUGGUGGGGUUGGAUUGAAUCUAACCGCAGCUUCAAAUGUCUUCAUAAUGGAUCCAUGGUGGAAUCCUGCGGUUGAGGAACAAGCAAUCAUGAGGAUCCAUCGUAUUGGUCAGAAGAGGACAGUCCGUGUCAGAAGAUUCAUUGUCAAGGACACUGUGGAGGAACGCAUGCAACAAGUUCAAGCCAGAAAGCAGCGGAUGAUCGCCGGUGCCCUCACUGACGAGGAAGUUCGAACGGCCAGGAUUGAAGAGCUCAAGAUGCUCUUUAGAUAAACAAAUUACUCGUAAAUAUUAUAUUAUUGCAGUGGGCCUUUCGCAAAGACGCCCAAUUUUUGUAAAGUCGGCAGCAGGCGAACAGAUUAGCUUAUAUUAAUUUGAAAAAGAAAAAAAAAAAAAAGCCUCAUUUUGUUGAAAGUCUUAUCUUGAAAACGAUAUACACAUGGAAUAUUCCUAUUUUUGAAGAAUAUGAGUAAGGGAACAACUUAGAGUUAGAGAUGAGACAGCGAUUGGCCAUCCAUUGCAAAAUUUAAUAAUGUAACGAAGAAAGCUGAACGCGGACCAUACACGUGUAAAGAAUCAGUUAAGUUUGAAAUCUUCCAUGAUUGACUACACCCUUAGAAUAGUGAACACGAAUCCCAUGUUUCCACGUGGAACAUGGAGAUUUCAGCCUUCAGGUGUCAGAUAUCGAAACCAAAGGACAGCAUUUUUUUUAGAAGAGGAAGCAGUCAAUUGACGUUGCCAUCUCAACAUUUGAAUUUUGACCACUGACCCCUUUAACGAACCCUUAAAUCUCCUGACCCAAAUCUGAGACAUCUCUCACUCUCUAAACUUCUUCAACUCUUGUGUUUACCCACCCAGAUCUGCAGAGGAAAAAGAA